AUGAUGCUUCGAAGACUCGCUCAAAUCCUCCCUGCCCUCGUCAUCCCCACUCUCGUCUCAGCUCAUGGUUUUGUACAGCAGGUGACGAUCGACGGCACCGUCUACAUGGGCAAUAACUUGAAUGUGGCAACUCCCGCCCCUUCUAUCAUCCGUCUUGUCGACACGAACAGUCCCGUCAAGGGUACUAACAACUCGUUCCUUAACUGUGGGCAAGACGCUCAGUUUGCUUCUCUGGUCGGAAAUGCGAACCCUGGCUCCCAGCUCGAGAUUUUAUGGGUCGGCGGAACAGACGGCUCAUCUAACUGGCCGCAUAACACAGGCCCACUGAUGCACUACAUGACCAAGUGCGACGGUUCUUGCUCAACAUACAACUCGACGAACUCUGAGUGGUUCAAGAUCUCUGAACUCGGUCUCGAGGCGGAUGGCAGUACCUGGUAUCAGGCAAACUUGAAUUCUCGAGCUCCCGCGAACGUGACGAUCCCGAACACUCUCGCACCCGGAAAUUACCUGCUUCGCUCGGAGAUUAUCUCCCUCCAACUUGCGAUGACACUAGGAGGUGCUGAGUUUUACCCUGCGUGCAUUCAGCUUCAAAUUGGUGGUUCCCAGACUCAGGGCCCGACGUCGAGCGAGGAGUGCUUAUUCCCAGGUUGUUACUCUGACACUGAUGCUGGUAUCCUAACACCAAACAUCUACAACCCGCCCAUUCAGUACACGUUCCCCGGCCCUCCUGUCGCAAGCUUCGCGAAUGCUGGCUCAAGCUCUGCUGCGCCUUCUUCCACCGGCUCUGCAUCGGGUUCCUCGGCGGGGACUACAUCAACCUUCGCCAGCGGCCCUUCUUCCACCAUUAUUGUAUCAUCCACCCCGAGUCCAACCGCGACAGGGCAGUGCAUGCUUAGUGGCCGUUCCACCAGCGAGGAUGUCGUCAAGCGAGACAGCAGGAACAAGCGGAAGCACAAGCAGAGACUCGUCCGUUCGCACUAA